AUGCAAGCUUCCCCACACUGCCAUGCCAAUGUGUCUCAACCCUCUUCUGAAGAAAGCACUUCUGGAGGUGAGUGGGAAGCAGACAUAAUAUCAACUGUUGAAUUCAACCACACAGGGGAGUUGCUGGCAACAGGAGACAAAGGUGGUCGUGUUGUUAUAUUCCAAAGGGAGCCAGAGAGCAAAAAUGAUCCUUAUAAUCAAGGAGAAUAUAAUGUUUACAGCACUUUCCAGAGCCAUGAGCCAGAGUUUGACUAUUUGAAGAGUUUGGAAAUAGAGGAAAAAAUAAACAAGAUAAAGUGGUUACCACAACAGAAUGCAGCCCAUUCUCUUCUGUCAACAAAUGAUAAAACUAUUAAAUUGUGGAAGAUUACUGAACGAGAUAAAAAACCUGAAGGGUACAAUUUAAAAGACGAAGAAGGGAAGCUUAAAGAUCUCUCUACAGUGACCUCACUUCAGGUGCCAGUACUGAAGCCCAUAGACUUGAUGGUAGAAGUCAGUCCCAGAAGAAUUUUUGCUAAUGGCCACACCUACCAUGUCAACUCAAUUUCUGUCAACAGUGACUGUGAGACAUACAUGUCAGCAGAUGACCUCAGGAUUAACCUCUGGCAUUUAGCAAUUACAGAUCGGAGCUUCAACAUUGUAGAUAUAAAGCCAGCCAACAUGGAGGAUUUGACAGAAGUUAUUACUGCAUCCGAAUUCCAUCCUCAUCAUUGCAAUCUCUUUGUCUACAGCAGCAGCAAAGGAUCUUUGAGACUUUGUGACAUGAGGGCAUCAGCUCUCUGUGACAAACAUUUCAAACUUUUUGAAGAACCAGAAGACCCCAGUAACCGCUCAUUUUUCUCUGAAAUUAUUUCUUCUGUGUCAGAUGUCAAAUUCAGUCACAGUGGACGAUAUAUUUUAGCAAGGGAUUACCUCACUGUCAAAGUUUGGGAUCUAAACAUGGAAACAAGGCCUAUAGAAAUAUACCAGGUUCACGACUACCUUAGAAGCAAGCUGUGUUCCCUUUAUGAAAAUGACUGCAUAUUUGACAAGUUUGAAUGCUCAUGGAAUGGAUCUGAUAGUGUCAUUAUGACAGGGGCGUAUAACAACUUCUUUCGAAUGUUUGACCGGAAUACAAAGCGUGAUGUAACUUUAGAGGCCUCCCGAGAAAGUAGCAAGCCACGAGCAAUUCUCAAACCUCGCAGAGUGUGUAUUGGAGGCAAAAGAAGGAGAGAUGACAUAAGUGUUGACAGUCUGGAUUUCACAAAGAAGAUCUUGCACACAGCAUGGCACCCAACAGAGAACAUCAUUGCUAUUGCAGCCACAAACAAUCUGUAUAUAUUUCAAGAUAAAAUGAAUUCUGAGAUGCACUAGGGUUCCUUUUUGUAAACAAGCUGCUGGAGAGGAAAUGUGUGUGAUCAUUGCGCUACCUGUAAUACUAAAUCUUUUACUUAAACGCAAAUUCCACUGAAUUCAAUAGGACUGACUCUGUAUUAUAAAAUCAAGGUCUGAUGGGGAUGGAUUUACCCAUUAAACUACUCCACUUUUACAAUUUUAACAAUUAUUGGGCAGUACAUGAAAAAUUAAUAAUAAUAAUAAACACCAAAUUCACUGUAACAGCUACUGAUAUGCUUCAAAAUAAAUUAUCCAUUAAGGAAAGGUGACUGUGUCUUCAUCACUAGUUUUGUUUCAGAAAGAUGACUUAUGCUACAAGCAGAGCUGUAGAGUGAAAACUCCAAUCCCAUAUAUCAGAAAGAUGACAUGGCUGGCCACACUGAGCAUUCUGAUCUUUUAAAAGUGUGAUUUAUACAGGGAACUUAUACCGACUGCCCAUGUUGCUCUAUGGCCAUGAAGGCUCUAUUGGAUGGCAGCACUUACUGCUCAUGACAUACACUGAAAGCAAGAGAUGUAUAGUGCGCUCUUUUCUGUACUGUUUGUUUCAUGGCACCACUGGGAUGCUUGUUGCAGAAGCAGAAUGCAGUGAUGCAGUAACUUCCUUCCUCUUCCCUGGUGUUGCAGGAAGAAUCCCUUUGAGUCGUGAUGUGAAGAAAUCGAGCAGUUUCUAGAGCAGUACAAUAACCUAGGCAGGUUAUGGGCUUUCCCACACUAGACCAUUGAAGAUGCAACUGGACAGCCAUCUGAGAGGGAUAGUUUAACUCAUUGUUCUGUACUGGGCAAGUGGUUCGACACAAUGGCCCCCUGGCCUCUUCCAAUUCUUCUAUGAUUCUGUAACUGUAAUAGCUGAGUGCUUCUGGCCAGGCUCAAUUUACAUUUCAUAUGCUAACCCAACCAGAAUAUAAUAUUCAUACAAACUAUAAGGGAACCCACAAAAGUAGUUCAGUAGACAACCAGUCUAAAUGUCUUUGUGGAGGUGGGCAGAGUGGGAAAACAAUAGAAACAUAGAAAAAGAGCAAAUCAGAAGGAGGCCUCCUGGGCCAUUUAGUCUGACCGUCGACUCCAGCCGG